UACCAGUAAGUUGCUGUGUCAGGUAUCAAUGCCUCAGUUAGCGAGCAUCCAUCAACUAAAAAAAAAAAAAUUAUGAGAUAGCCACUGCAGUACAUUAACCAGAACAUUACUGUAAAUGAACCAGUGCUUUAUCUGUGCGCACUAGAGGAAGUACCAGAGCGUAGCGAAGAGAUCGUUAAAUUAUUAGUGGCAGAGUUUGCGCAUGCCAGUGCCAUCCACAUCAUAAGUUGCCAUGUUUGCUCGUGUAAUAGCUCGACAUGUUAGUCCUCGACUAAGCACAAGCCAACUACCUCGUCUCGUACCUAGACUUACACCAUCAUUAACCACAUGUCCAUAUCCAUGUCCAAUACGAUUCAAAGCAACUACUAGUUCACGAAAUAAUAACAUUAUGAAACUACUUAAAAAGAAAUUACCUCCUAGUCUCGAUAGCAAUAGUUCCACUGAUAGUGAUCAUAAUUAUAUGCAUGAUGAGGAUCCUGGAAUUUAUAAUAUGGUCCAACCAGUAGCUCCUAAUGAAUUAUAUGUAUCAUGUACAGUAUUUGAUGAUCGAGGUAAUAUAACAGGUGUAUCUAGAAAAUACCCUAGAGUUCAGUUUCUUCGAGAUAACAACUUAUUCGCCAGAGAUUUAAGAAAGAUUGAUACUUCCUCUAUUGAAGUGGUACCUACCAUUAUGGUAAGAUCUUCAAAUACCAUAUUAGUCAAUUUGGCUCAUAUAAAGGCUAUCAUCAAGAAGGAUACCAUUAUGAUAUUCGAUACUUCUAACCCUUUAGUAGCCAAGCGAUUAGGAAUAUUCAUGUAUGAUUUAGAAAUGAAAUUAAAGUUACCGGCUGGAAAUGUAUGUUAUGAAUUCAGGGCUCUUGAAUCAAUUCUUAUUAAUGUUAUGAGUUAUCUUGAAGCUGAAUUAAAAGCUCAUUUAAGUUCAUGUGGUCAAAUCUUAGCAGAACUUGAAGAUCAAGUGAAUCGAGAGAAAUUACAGGAACUAUUGAUUCGACUGAAACAGAUAUCAAGUUAUUAUCAAAAGACUGUCUUGAUUAGAGAUGUUUUAGAAGAACUUCUUGAUAAUGAUGAAGAUCUUGCUGGAAUGUACUUAACGGAUCCCAAGAAAUUUGACCCUAAAGUCGAAGAUUACGAAGAUUUAGAAAUGAUUCUUGAAGCUUACUACAAGCAAUGUGACGAGUUUGUUCAACAGGCUGGAUCAUUAGUUAACGAUAUUAAAGUCACAGAAGAUAUUGUUAAUAUCAUGCUUGAUGCUAAUAGAAAUUCACUUAUGUUAUUUGAAUUAAAGAUAACCAUUUUUACAUUAGGAUUUACUGUAGCAACUUUAUUACCGGCAUUCUAUGGUAUGAAUUUAAAGAAUUACAUUGAAGAAUCCAAUUUAGGAUUUGGAGCUGUGGUAGUAGUGUCGGUAAUUCAAGGACUCAUUUUUACCUAUAUAAACUUUAAGAAACUUCAUAGAGUUCAAAGAUUAACCAUGAUGGGAACUCAUGAUUCUCGAAAGAUGGCUAAGAAUAACUAUAAAUUCCAUCAUAGCUCGAGUCCAGUAGGAACAUUUUAUAAGGAUAAAUGGUACUACCGAUUAAUUUAUGGCUCGAGAAAUAGUAGAUACGAUCCUUCCGUUAAGGAAAAGGAUGUAAUCUGGCGAAUGAUUAAUGACGAUAAACCAAAUAGAUAGACUAAUAAUUUAAUUUGUACAUA